AGGGGAGGCCUCCGAGCAGUGAGGGUGGGGUAUCCCAGAGGGGCGUCGGCGUGGGCUGGGGAAGGGGGGGGGGUCUCCCCGAGACAGGAUGGGCUGGCGCCGGCGCCCCCCGGCCCAGCGGGAAGACCUGUUCUACGAGACCUACUACAGCCUGAGCCAGCUGUACCCACUGCUGCUCCUGCUCCUGCUCCUGCUGGCCACCUGCCUGGCCCUCCUCGCCGCCCACCUGGCCAGCGGCAGGGAAUUCUCCUCCAACCUGAGCUUCCUCGUCACCUUAUUCGUGGCCCUGGCUGUUUUCUCCCUCAUCCUCAUCCUGGUCUGCAUCGAGAGCAUCUUCCAGGAAUGCACACGGGUCUUCUCGGCCAUCAUCUGGGCUUGCCUCCUAGCCAUGGGCUACAUCUUUGUAUUCACCAGCGGAGUGGUCAGUGCCUGGGACCAGGUCUCAUUUUUCCUCUUCAUCAUCUUUACCGUCUACACCAUGCUGCCCGUGUGCAUGCGGGAUGCCGUGGUCGCUGGCCUCGCCUCCUCCCUCUCCCACAUCAUUGUUUUGGGUGUCUACCUGUCAGCCGGGCGGGGGUCGCGGGCUGAACUGGCUGUGCAGCUGCUGGCCAACGCGGUGAUCUUCAUCUGUGGCAACCUGGUGGGGGCCUAUCACAAGCACCUGAUGGAGGUGGCUUUGCAGGAGACCUUCCAGGAGACCUUCAAACUCAUCCAGUCCCGAGUCAAGCUGGAGUCUGAGAAACGGCACCAGGAGCACCUCCUUCUCUCCAUCCUACCCGCCUACAUCGCCAUGGAGAUGAAGGCCGAGAUCAUCGAGCGGCUGCGGGACGGGGGGCGGCAGGAAAGUGCAAACAACUUCCAUAAUCUCUAUGUCAAGCACCACAAGAACGUCAGCAUCCUGUAUGCCGACAUUGUGGGGUUCACGAGACUGGCCAGCGAGUGCUCCCCAAAAGAGCUGGUCCUGAUGCUCAAUGAACUUUUCGGCAAGUUUGACCAGAUCGCCAAGGACAAUGAGUGCAUGCGCAUCAAGAUCUUGGGUGACUGCUAUUACUGCGUGUCAGGGCUGCCGGUCUCGCUCCCCAACCACGCACGCAAUUGCGUCAAGAUGGGAUUGGAUAUGUGCCAGGCUAUCAAGAAGCUACGGGAUGCCACCGGUGUGGACAUCAACAUGCGGGUCGGGGUGCACUCGGGGAACGUGCUGUGCGGGGUCAUAGGGCUCCAGAAGUGGCAGUAUGAUGUCUGGUCCCAUGAUGUGACACUGGCUAACCACAUGGAGGCUGGAGGAGUGCCAGGGAGGGUGCAUAUAACAGAGGCCACCUUGUCUCACCUGGGAGGGGUCUAUGCUGUGGAGGAAACCUGUCGCUGGCAGCGUGACCCCUUCCUGAAGGAGAACAAAGUAAAGACUUUCCUGGUCAUUGACCCUUGGGUGGGAGCGGAAACCUGCAACAGCACCCUGUCCCCGGUGCCCGGGGAGGGCCAGAAGAUGAGGGCGUCUGUCCGUAUGACCCGCUACCUGGAGUCCUGGGGGGCUGCCAAGCCCUUUGCCAACCUCAAACACCUCGAUACCAUCCCCGCCGAUCAGCCAGGAUUCACCAGGAACAACCAUUCGGAGAGCUCUCUGGGGUCCCUGGCCCAGUCAAAGACAGUGGAGCGGGUUCGUUCCCCCAAGGGGCCGGAUGAGGAGCUCGAUGGGGUAGAUGAGAAAUUUUUCCAGGUGUUGGAACAGCUCAACUCCCAGAAGCAGUGGAAGAAGUCGGAGGAUUUUAACCGCAUCACCCUGUACUUCAAGGAAAAACUCAUGGAGAAGGAGUAUCGACUCUCAGCUCUGCCUGCUUUCAAGUACUACACGGCCUGCACCUUCCUGGUCUUCCUCUCCAACUUCCUCAUCCAGAUGCUGGUGGCCCACAAGACCCCAGCUCUAGGAAUCUCCUAUGGCAUCUCCUUCUUCCUCUUCAUCCUCCUCCUCUUCACCUGCUUCGCUGGGAACCUGGCGAAGUGCUUCCAGAAAGGCCCCAAGAUGCUGUACUGGGUGCCCUCCCUCUCCACGGCCGUCUGCACCCAGCCCUGGCUCCGGGUCACCCUGGGCGUCACCACCAUCCUGGUCGUCCUCACCAUGGCUAUGUUCAACUUCUUCUUCAUACCCACGCCCUGGUGUCCUCCACCAUCCCACAAUCCCGCAGUGCCGGUGAACGCCACACGGGAAUCUCCCUCAACUGAUUCCUUAUUCAGCAUCCCGUACUACGUUUACUGUUGCAUCCUGGGGCUCCUCUCCUGCUCCCUCUUCCUCCACAUGAAUUUUGAACUCAAGCUGCUGAUGCUGACGCUUUGCCUGGUGAUCUACAACGUCCUCUUUCUCCACAGCCACGCCUGGCUCUCAGAUUGCUACGUCGCGCGCCUCUACCCCAACCAGACCGUGCUCAGGCCAGGGGUCCUGAAGGAACCCAAGCUGAUGGGAGCCGUUUCCUUCUUUGUCUUCUUCUUCACCCUGCUGGCCCUGGCUAGACAAAACGAGUAUUAUUGCCGCCUUGACUUCUUGUGGAAGAAGAAGUUCAAGAAGGAGCGUGAGGAGAUCGAGACCAUGGAGAACCUGAACCGUGUCCUCCUGGAGAAUGUGCUCCCGGCCGACGUGGCGCAGCAAUUCAUUGGCCAGAACCGGCGUAACGAGGACCUUUACCAUCAAUCCUAUGACUGUGUCUGUGUCCUCUUCGCCUCCAUCCCUGACUUCAAGGAGUUCUAUUCUGAGUCCAACGUCAACCAUGAAGGGCUGGAGUGCUUGCGGCUGCUCAACGAGAUCAUUGCAGAUUUUGAUGAGCUGCUCUCAAAGCCAAAAUUCAGUGGCGUGGAGAAGAUCAAGACCAUUGGCAGCACCUACAUGGCAGCUACGGGAUUAAAUGCCACUUCUGGCCAGGACAAUCAGCAGGAUGCCGAGAGGAGCUACACGCAUCUGGGCAUCAUGGUGGAGUUCGCGGUGGCCCUGAUAGCCAAGCUGGAUAUCAUCAAUAAACACUCCUUCAACACCUUCAAACUCCGUGUGGGUAUAAACCAUGGCCCAGUGGUGGCUGGUGUGAUUGGAGCACAGAAACCCCAAUAUGACAUUUGGGGAAACACAGUGAAUGUGGCGAGUCGCAUGGAGAGCACCGGGGUGCUGGGGAAGAUCCAGGUCACAGAAGAGACGGCCAGGGCCCUGGAGACCCUGGGUUACACCUGCUACCUCCGUGGGGUUAUCAAGGUCAAGGGCAAAGGCCAGCUACGGACCUACUACGUUUGCACCGACCUGUCCCGCUCUGGCCUGCAGGCCCCCAUGCUCAGCUGAGAGCUUCCCCCCCCCAACCCCCCGCACAAAUGGACACAGCACCGCCUACAGAGGGCUGGUUUCCGUCCGUCCCAUUGUAGUACUUCCUCCUCACCACUGGGGGGAGCUGGCACAGGAGACUGAUGGCUUUGCAUUCAUCCCACUCAUGUCAUGACUUGAUGCCUGGACUCAGUCUUUCACAAUGAGACAAGUGAAGGGCUGCGGGAGACUUUGGGGGGCAGCUCACAGGGCGAUGAACCCCCCCCAAAGGAGGCAUGGAAGGGGGGCUGUUUUGAGGUGGAUGGGGUUCAGAAGGGAAUGACACCCCUAAAGAGCUGGGUGAGAUAACAUGGGCGUACAGGGAGAGUUCAGAAUAACAUGAUCCCCCUCAGUGAGGGGCUGGGGGAGCCAGAUGAGGAGAGUCCCCCCUCUCCCCCUUUUAAUUCCUCUUCCUUGAAGCCGGCCCACCCCCACCCCCAGGCCCCAAAUGUGCUGUGGUCUCAGCCUCAUCUGUGUAUGUGCAUCCUGUUACCCAAGAUCAGUGGCAGGAAACCGCAGCUUCCGGAGAGACCAGAACUGGCUUCCCUGGGAAGAUCAUCCUUCCCCAGAGUGUGCCAGAGCCUGCAGGGCGGGGCAGGUUUAAGGGGGGAUUGUGUGUGCAGGGUGGGGGGGGGUGUGCAUGCACAUGCACACACAUGAGUGUGUAGGGGGAAUUUCCUAUAGCUUUAAUAUAGGCAGGGCCAUUAGUCAGCCUGAUUGCCUGGCAGCUCCCCGUAUAAGACCCUGUUUUCUGAUAAUCUUCCUGAACUCGGGCUGAAAUUUCCCACACUGGGCUGAUUUUUUUUUUUUUUCUGGAAAGUUUCAGCCGAAUAAGUUCAGCCGUUUCGGAGAGCGAGGCUAGUGAAAAAUCCACUGGUUUGCCCAUGUGAACUUCUGGCGAGCUUUUCUUUCAGCUGCCCUAGUGCCCCCUUGCUUCGGAGCAGGAACUUGGAAAUAUGGCAGCUAAGAGCCUCUACUGAUUCGGUCUGUACCUGAGACUCAGCAGACUUCCCAGCAGUUGCAGCUCGGGGCCAAGAUGAUGCUGAGGACAAGCACUGGGAGCAGGGUUCCUGUCUCACUUCCGCUCUCAAUGCGCCCCUGCUGGGCCCAGGAGACAGAAGCUGCCCGAUUUCAGUGAAGAGGGGAGAAAUUGGGUGAGGGGAGUUUAGGCAAGGGGAAUGAGGAGCCUGGGAGGGGAGGGGAGGGGGCAGAGCUUGGAGGCGGGCAGAGUUGGCACUAGGAGCUUAGAAAGGGGACUGAGACUGGCUGGGCAAGGAGACUGGGACCAAGAGGGGAGACUGGGACUGGCUGGGCAGCGAGACUGGAAGCUAAGAAGAGACAGUGGGACUGGGAGCUGCUGGGAUGGGGGAUUUUUAGGUCAGAAGUGGGCAAUAGAUCAUUUAGGCUGACCUCAGAGGACACUGGGGCUGUCUGGACAACGAGACUAGGGCUGUCUGGGUGGGGAGCCUGGGACUGGCUGGACAAGGAGACCAGGACUGGAAGCCAGGGAGAGAAAUGGAAAGUGGGAGAUAGGGGUAAGGGGGCUGGGAGCCAGGAGGUGCUGGUAUGGGGAGACUGUGUGCAGCCGAGGCACUGUUAUGGGAGCAAACAGCUGUGCCACCAACGCUUGUUCCCCUCUAGUGCAGGCCCAUAUCGAGGAUGACAACCUACUACUGCUACCGGUUAUUCUGCCGAUCUCUGUGCAGUGGAUCCAAUGAUUCCAGCCCUGCUGAUGAGCCAUGUGGGUGUCAAUAUGAUGCCACAGGAGGGGAUUUCUGAGUGGGGUUUUUUUUUGUUUUGGUUUUAUUUGUUUUUUUCCGUUUGCUUUUGUAAAAAUCCAGGAAAUCACCCACAAAAGCUACAUUAAAUGAAUAUUAUUAAGGUUACAAGCAUGCCCAAAGGAGGAAAUGCCCAAAUUCAGGGGCCCUGUGCAAAACUGACUUUGGUAAUGGUCUUUUAACAUAGUUUUUUGUGGAUGGAAUUAUUAUAUUUAAGGUCAUGUAGGAAUGCACAGCAUUACUGAUUUGUAAA